GGUCAAUUAAAUCAUUAAAUAAAAUUUGUUGCUUUCACAUUUUUCAUUUUUAUAAAUUGCAGAUUUCAAUCAGCAAAACUUCCAUUUAAAUUUCUAAUUUAAUUUUUCAACUAUGUGCUCUUGAUUCUCCGAAGAGACAAUUAAUCAUGGGUGGUAUUUGCAGUUCUACAAAUAAUAUAGCUGCUAUUAGCUCCACUAGGAAUCUCAGCUCAGUUGCAGGGAGUUCACAAACAACCACCACCACCACCACCACCACCACCAGUAUAACUACAAGCUCAUCAAUAUCAGUAUCAUCAUCUUCAGGAAUCAGUACUAAUGCCUCGGGGAACAGCCUGUUUUCAUCAGCAGGCAGUGGUGAUGAUCUUGGACCUGGCGGCCAGAUAUUGCCUCAAUCAAAUCUUAAAAUAUAUACUUUUGCUGAACUUAAAUAUGCGACAAAAAACUUUCGAAAUGAUACCAUUUUAGGGGAAGGUGGUUUUGGCAAGGUUUAUAAAGGCUGGAUUGAUGAAAAGUUUGGCUCUAAAUUCAGUGGAAGCGGUUCUGUAAUUGCUGUCAAGAAGCUGAACUCUGAGAGCAUGCAAGGAGUCGAAGAGUGGCAGGCUGAGGUGAACUUUUUGGGAAGGCUUUCACACCCAAAUCUUGUGAAACUUUUAGGAUACUGUUAUGAAGACACCGAGCUUCUACUUGUGUACGAAUUCAUGCAAAAAGGCAGCUUGGAGAACCACCUAUUUGGGAGAGGAUCGACCGUUCAACCCCUUUCUUGGGAUAUACGGCUUAAAAUUGUGACAGGAGCGGCCCGGGGGCUAUCAUUUUUGCACACAUCAGACAGAAAAGUUAUUUAUAGAGACUUUAAGGCAUCUAACAUAUUGCUCGAUGGGUCAUAUAAUGCCAAGCUAUCAGAUUUUGGGCUGGCUAAACUGGCAUCAGCUAGUCAAUCGCACGUGACAACACGGGUCAUGGGUACAUAUGGUUAUGCUGCUCCAGAGUAUGUUACUACAGGGCAUUUGUAUGUGAAGAGUGACGUCUAUGGUUUCGGGGUUGUUUUGGUGGAGAUGCUCACAGGCAUGAGGGCACUUGACAAUGGUCGCCCACCUAACCAACGAAAUCUGGUGGACUGGGUCAAGCCUUAUUUGGCUAACCGUAGGAAGAUAAAGAAUAUUAUGGACUCACGGCUUGAAGGAAGAUACCCCUCAAAAGCAGCUGGUCAAGUUGCCCAACUAGCCCUCACGUGUCUUGGACCUGAACCUAAAACACGUCCAUCAAUGAAGGAAGUUGUGGCAACAUUAGAACGAAUCCAAGAUAUCAAAGAAAAGCCAAAAGUACCUAGAAUACACAAUUCAAAUCCUCACUCGCCAUAUCGAUAUGGGCAACAACAACCUUUGCAUCAUCGUUCGCCACUUCAUGUUAAGGAAGAUGUAAACCGAGGGAGCCAAAACUCACCAAAAGGCUCAUGAUAUAAUAACAUUAGUAUGAGUUUUAUUGAUUGUUGGUAUUAUUGUUAUUACUUUAUGUUUGUGGAUUUAAGGUAGAUAAGAUGUCACAUGUGUUGGUCUAUUUUUGUGAAGGUUUAUAUUAACAUUAACAUUUUCUAUAAAUCAUAUAAGAGGAUAUAAGUUAUACGAGUA